GUGUGUGUGUCGUGUAUUCACCUGUGAUGCUGACUAUAGUGUGCCAGCAGAUGUCGCUGUUGAGAAGCACAUCGUUCUAAAAUUGCCGAAUCUAAUGUUUUUUUCCGUUCGAGUCGCCGUACACUAGGCAGGAAGAGAAAUGUCAAACUUUGGGAAACUGGUGCCGCUGUCUGCCGCUGUGUCAGGUGUCCUGGGUUUGCUGACGGGGAAUGCAACUGUCCUGGCCGCUAGAGAGGUCAAGGAGAAACUGGCAGAUCUGAGUCUCAGUAUUGAAGAGCUCCCGUCCCUCUACACUACUCCAGAGCCGCAGCUCAAGUAUGUGGAGUCAGAGGCGGGGCCAGUGGAACAGGGUGUGGCCGAGCUGAGGAAAUGGGCCGAGCCUUUCACCGACCAGUGUCAGGAAACGGGUCUGGUUGCCCUGGAGAAAGCAGAGCAUAGAUUAAGGUUCUAUCUCCUCUUCGUGAUGUCAUAUCCUGUGGAACAGGAAGUCUACAGGACUGUAGAGCCCACUGUGAGCACCUCCAUCAGGACAGUGAGAGACACAGAGACGUACGAGUUCCUCAAAGAUCCUCCUCCUGACCUCUAUCCCAUUUUCGGGGUGGUUGGCUUCUCUGGCUUCCUAGGACUGUACCUGGCCAAAGGUUCCAGGGUGAAGAGGCUGGUGUUUCCUGUAGGGUUGAUGGCUCUCAGUGCUUCCAUGUUCUACCCCCAACAGGCUGCCUCCUUAGCCAAGGUGAGCUGGUAUUCUAUGUAUAGCUGGAGUCAGCAGGGUCGGGAUGCUGGGAAGACGCUCUGGAAGGACCUGCCAUUUGGCAAGGGCAAGGCAGGUUAAGAAGACCGAGGACAAGAGCAUUCCUAGCUGAGACAGAGAAAGACACAUAACCUGGCUGAGGGGGGGUCAAGUGCAGGUGCUGGUUUAAUUGUUUGUUUUAGUAUUCUAGUAUUCUUUCUAACAAAGAUAUCUGCAUUUCAGGAUGUUGUGUAUCCCUGGAAAUAAUAUGAUUCAUGUAAACAGUUUGAAAACAUAGUUGUCAAAAAAAGUGGUCUCUUGGCAUAAUUGACCUGGGAAUGAGGCAAAAUUGAUGCGCGGAACAGGGUAAAUUAAGCCGCCUACCAAUUUCUGUACUGGAUGAAAUAUUACCACUACCUUUUUAAAACCAUGUAUAUCUUUAUUUCCCAAACACAAUUCAACACAAUCACAAUU